AAGUAGAAAGCAUAAAUGUAGAUGUUGGAAGACAUUUGCUUAUGUUUUCUUUUCUUUUCAGGAAAAUCAUGGCCACAACAAUAUACAGGUAUGCAGAUCAUCAAGGAGGUAUAUUUUGACAUUGAUUCCCUAGGCCCUGUCUACAGUUUACAGUACUCAUAUGAUGGGGAGUCCCUUGCCGUUGGAUUUGGCAACGGUGCAAUCCGUUUAUACGAGUCCAGGACUGGCGAGUUUAUUAAAGAACUGAGGAAGCCACGGUAUGGAGGCCUACAGAUCAUGUGCCUGCGUUUCCAUACCAAAGUCCAUCACAUUCUCCUGGCAAGUACUGCAGACGGCAAGGUGUUUGAAUGUAACACCAAAGACGACAGCAUCGCUGAAGUGAUCUCAGGUCAGUCCUACUGGUCACUAGCCUUCCUGGUCAAUCUCACAGAUCACCAAGCCGGUAUCUCUCAUUGGUCAGCUUCACUGGUGACUGCCCUUCCUGGUCAAUCUCACAGGUCACUUACCCUGUAUCUCUCAUUAGUCAGCUUCACUGGUCACUUGCCUCAAUGGUCUGUCUUACUAAGAUGCCUUGUACAUGUAUAUCUAUAUAAAAUACUUACCAGAUAUAUUGCCAUAGAAAUGUUUCUUAUAGGCCUAUCAAAAAUUUGUCAAAUAUUUUGGUAUGGAAAUUAAGCAUAAAUUUGUUCA